AUUGACGUUACUCUGCGAGUAUCAGUCAGUCAAUAGCUUAAAAUGUCAAAAACAGAUGAUUGCAAUCGCAAACUGUUUCUAAUUAUUUCUCUUCACAAAGCUUCAAGAAAAUAUGUAAAUUAAAAAUUAAGACAUAUAAUUUGAAGUUUGAAUUUAAUAAAGUGAUGCUUCUGUAGAUAUAUAAUAAUAACAAUAACGUACUCAUAUCUGUGUACAUUUAAAAUACAUUGUAUUUUUGUGUACUAUAUUUUGCCCGGUAAUUUUAACUACCAUGUCUAAACUUUCCAAAACGACUUUGAGUUUGAAGCAGUUUAUGCUACGCCAGGAAGUGUUAAAACUCUAUAGAGACAUAUUCCGGACUUUAAGAUUAGUGACAGAUGAUACGACACGAAAUGAACUGAAGGAGUGGGCAAGAGCAGACUUUCGUAAUAAUAUGCACCAUACAGAUGAAACAACCAUUAAAGCUAGGUUGUACUAUGGCAAGAAAUCACUUAAGGAUUUACAACAUUCACUAGCAUUGAGUAGAAGCUAGCACAUAUACAUAAUAGCAAAUAUUAGGAAUAAAAUUAUGUAUUAUUAAGUAUUUUGUAUAAAUUUAUUAAGAUUUGAACAAUGUUUGUUAGAUACAUAAAUUAUUGAUAUUAGUGUUAAUAAAAUAGGCAGUUGUAUAGAAUUGUAUUUUUUAUAUAUUUGAUAUUUAAUGAUUAUUGACAAAUAAGUAACUAAAAAUAAUUUAAAAUACAAAAACAGCCUUAUUAUUGGAUACUCUAGAGA